AUGGAUUUUCUAGGUAGCGAAAACUCUGACACAUAUCCAACGCAGGCCUCUGCAUUAACGGAGAAGGACCAUGUCGUGCUGAAAGGACGUCCCUGUAAGAUCGUUGACAUCACUACCACUAAGUCUGGCAAGCAUGGACAUGUCAAGAUUACCAUCAAAGGACUUGACAUCUUUACUGGGGAGGAGAUUAUUGAUAUCUGCCCAUCUACAAGUAACUUGGUGGUCCCACAUGUUCUUAGAAAAGAUUACCAGCUGCUUCAAAUUGAUGACCAAUCUGGUUUUGUGGCACUUAUGGAUGAUGACGGAGCUGCAAAAGAUAACCUCAAACUACCGGACAAUGAUUUGGGCAAAGCAAAGUUUGAUAAUGACGAUAAAUUAUAUUUCAUUGUGUUGAAAGGUUUGGGGGAAGAACAAAUAAUUGGUACUAAGAUGUGGAACUAA